AUGACUCUCCUCGAUUCCCCAACAAUCGAUCGCAAUCAACAACGCAUGAAAGGGAACCUCGAAGAUUUCAUCUACGAUGCCCUCUCCUCCUCCGAUUUGGUCUCCGUCAGGAUGAAAAAAGACGAUCCAAAGAUGAAGAUAUUCAAAAACCGUGAACACAAAAGUUUGUUGCUUAAAGAUCUUGAUGUAAUGUUACAAGGAAGUAAGAGGGCUUUAAAAUGA